GCCCACCAUCGAUGGGCAGAUAGUCUGAGGUGAACAGCACGGCCAGCCCUAUAUGUCUAUCUUCUUGCACAAACCCAGAUAUGACCCUCUUUUUGCCCAUACUCCCCAUGCUGGUUCUUAGGAUCGGAAGCCACAGGCACAAGCGGUCCCAGAGCCCCGGCAGCCAGAAGCACUCUAAUUCCGGAUCAGAUUGUGAUUGGAAAGGAUGUCAUCCCCAUGUCAGAGCCGUAGCUCAUAUAAUUAUCGGAGGAGACACCAGCCAUCCAUCUAUUACCGCGAUUGGUUCACCAUAUCAGUCUCCAUUAGAGACCCCCCACUUCUUCCCUCUUUGCUAUCACAUCAGUGCAGGCUCGCGCCGUUCAGCCAAGACUCCUCGCCCAGCUGCCCUGGCCAGAGGAACAUCUAGCCCCGGUGGUUGCUCUCUUCGAUCUGUAACCGCACAAGGGCGGCCCUGUCUGGCCGGUGAACCAGAGAUGAGAUGCAUGCGGCAGGCGCUCGAACCAUCGUCACCCGUCUACGUAGGACUGAACCAACAAGAGAUCCACAUGUCACCAAGAGCGCGGGCGUGAGGAGUCUCGAUGCCCCGGUGUACGGUGUUUGCGUUGCAUGCUCCUCGAGAAGGAACCGGGAUGACGGUAACCCUGAACCCAAUCGGAUCGCCUACAGACCUACUGAAGUCUGCCGGAGGGGUCGAGGGCGCCGAACAAAGCCCCGUCGAGAUUUGUUGCCAGGUCCUGAAGAUCCAAAGAGGUAGGUGAAUCGUGGCUCAAAUGCAUCAUCUGCAAGCCGCAAAGAAACCGCCCCCUUGUCACGCCUGCGGGCAUUGCUGCGCGUGCUCCUCUUGCCUCUCUUGUUAGAGUGCAGGGUGCGC